AUUAACUUUUGCACUGUAACGUUAAGAAUAUAAUUAUUAUACUAUAUCAUACGCAAUUAAAUACAUGUAAGCAAUAAACGUAUAAUACAUCAAUUGUUCUCGCUGUUGGAUAGAUUUGGCUCAAACUGUGUUUUUCCACAGCUGGAUACUAUUGGAAAAAAUGCGACGUAUUAAGUAUCAAACACGGGCACUGUGUUUUUGUGAGGGAUAAAACGGAUGAAGACUCAGAGCUUCUCGAAUCCGACAAGUGGAUUUCGUGGCAAUGUUGUUAACUCAGACCAAAUUGGCUUGCGUUGUGCUGUGUCUUAUUGGCUUGAAAGAGUCCUGGAAUAGCUCAGCAAUUCUACAUGGAGGAUUCUCUCGUCAAGGGUUUAUCAGAUCUGUAAGUGAUGCUAACCUGAUGUUUGAGUUCUUAUGGAGAGGUCUGGAGAUUGAUGCAGACAACAAUGUUGUCAUGCGAGAUCAAGAAAUUGCAUCUAUGCAACAGGGGCGAGCCUUUCUAUCUCUUAUAAAUGACGAUAUCCCCAAGACUGUGUCUGCAAUGGAGAAGUUACUGGGAGAGCUGGAAGAAAAAGACAACUCUUUCACCCAGGCCCGUUUUGAGAUCCUCAUCCUCGGGACUAUCUAUUCAGCCUACCAGGUCCGAAACCAGAGGCUGGAGGCAGAGCAGCAGGUCUGGACUAAUAUUCUUGGUCGUCUGGCAAAUGUUACGCUCGUUCAUCUGCGCAAGUCUUAAUUAUGCAUACUUAAUUGUCAUUUACAUAUUUUUGUCAUACGUAUUAUAUUGUUUUAUUACAUUCUUAUGUUAAUAAAAACAAGAAUAUUGGAAGCUUUCAAUGUUAAAAAAAGUUUAUUUUGAAUACUUUAUAUAUGUAUUUUAGGGCCUAUAAAGAUGUAACAAAAGAGAAGUCAGAACUUUAGUUUUGGUUCUUUCAGGACUGAUAUAUUGGAACAGCUAUCAUCUUAGAACUAACAAAACC